AUCAACACUGGGCCAACAAUCUGCCGAGCGACCGAUUUGCGCAGGCCUCCGGAUUUCAACGCCCAGCGCUGAAGCACUUCCGAUUCAAUUCCACUCGUCAAAGCAUUAGUUCUCCGUGUGGGUGGUCCAGCAUUGUCUGGUCGGUUGGUGAAAUUUGUGAUCCGUGGACAGCACGAAGCGCAGGGAGAAGUUCUGGUGGUGGUGGUGCCGAAUUGAAGAGUGUUCAGGGGCAAAAUGCCUUACAUUCCGUGCUGCGUGCAGUGUCACACCCGCGAGAAUCCAUGCCAUUGCAAGGUCGUCGGUCCUACUCUGGGCUUCGUUGGCUUUGCUCUGUUUGCUCUCGUCGAAUGGCCAGUAGGUGCUUUGGUCUGGUGCUUUCGCCACCACAAGGGGCGCAGAAUUAUGAGGCACCCUGCAAACGUCGUCUACCCCAGAAUUGCUGCAGCCGUCCCCAUCUAAGCAGAUUGAGUAUGGAAGUAAGCUUAAAUUGUUCUUCCAGCACCAAUUCUCUAUCGCAACCCCUGCUCCGUUUUGAACGAGUGUAUUUUUUUUCACGUGAAAGGGCCUGUCCGCUAGUGAUCAAAGAAACGACUGAAAUGAAUUUUCGCGUCGACAACUCAAGAUGACAGGAAGCGUGAGCAUCGAGCAGAUAUAUAUGAAUUAUUUUUUUGGAAUAGCUCAGUUAGACUCUCACGUAUGCAGGAAGUGAUAGAAUGAUUCAAGCAAAUCACAGAUGACAAACAGCAGGCACAUACGUAUCUGAAUCCUUGAAUUUGCUUGCAAUUCGGUUUCUAAGUUAGAGCACUCGAGUGUGGUUUAAGUAGACGACUAAUGCAAGUCAGUCACAUUAGACAUACAAUAAUGUUUCACUGGUAGAUUUUGUGUAAAGACAGAAUUUUUUUCGCGAAUCCAUUACAUCUUCUGUUUAUCAAAGUACAGCACGAAAUUUGAAUAAAUCGUCGAGAUUGGCAG